UGUGGAUUGGCUGGAGAAGCAAAGGUAGCCGCAGAGACCUCUCCUCUCCUUUCUUGACUGUUUCAGUCCACAGCCAGUGGAAGGAGAGCGCACGCAGUCACAGUCACACACACGUACACAAACACGGAGCUUACUCACACACGCAACGUGGAAUUUGGGGGAAGCGGCGUGGAGGACUUAAAUCGGAGCAUGCGUCCGCAACCGGGGCGUCGAUCCACAAGUGAGCUGCUCAAGUGUGCAGCAGACGGGCAGAGAUUCUAACGCCACCUGGUCCUCUCUAGUGGAGCUCCGCAAAGCUGUUUUGGAUUAAUUAACGGCAUCAUACUUUUUCGGGGCUGUUAAGUUUUUAGUUUUUAAUUGAUCAUUGUUGUGCAAAAAAAAAAAACUGCAAACAGCGCCCCGGGGAGCGCAAAAUUGGCUCCUCCGUCAUGGGCCACGACGCUGCUAGAGACGCACGGAGAGGAGCGAGGAGGUCCCCGCCGGAGAUGCUCACCCUGCCGGUGCUGCUGCCGCUUCUGCUCCUGACCACGGUCCGCACCAGCCUGGCUCAAGUGGACGAUGACUUUAUAGGUCUCAGCGAGUUGCCGGAAACCUUUCCCUCGGACCCCCCUGAGCCGCUGCCCGUGUUCCUGAUUGAGCCUGAGGAGGCCUACAUCGUCAAGAACAAGCCAGUCAACUUGUACUGCAAAGCCACGCCGGCUACGCAGAUCUACUUCAAGUGCAACAGCGAGUGGGUUCACCAGAAGGAGCACACGGUGGAGGAGCGCGUGGACGAGAACUCUGGUCUGGUGGUGAGGGAAGCCAGCAUCGAGAUCACUCGGCAGCAGGUGGAGGAGCUCUUUGGACCCGAGGACUUCUGGUGCCAGUGUGUGGCCUGGAGUUCGGCGGGGACCACCAAGAGCCGCAAAGCUCACGUCCGCAUCGCCUACCUAAGGAAGACUUUUGACCAAGAACCGCUGGGGAAGGAAGUGUCACUGGAACAGGAAGUGUUGCUCCAGUGUCGCCCACCUGAAGGCAUCCCAAUGGCUGAGGUGGAGUGGCUGAAAAACGAGGAGGUGAUCGACCCCGCCGACGACAGGAACUUCUACAUCACCAUCGACCACAAUCUGAUCAUCAAGCAGGCGCGUCUCUCCGACACGGCAAACUACACGUGCGUGGCCAAGAACAUCGUGGCCAAGCGACGGAGCACCACUGCCACAGUCAUCGUCUACGUAAAUGGCGGCUGGUCGACAUGGACCGAGUGGUCGGUGUGCAACAGCCGCUGUGGGCGGGGCUACCAGAAACGCACACGUAGCUGCACCAAUCCGGCGCCACUCAACGGUGGCGCCAUCUGCGAGGGGCAAGGCAUCCAGAAGCUGCCGUGCAAUACUCUCUGUCCAGUGGAUGGCCUGUGGACAGAGUGGACUAAGUGGUCCACCUGUGGGACCGAGUGCACCCACUGGAGGAGGAGGGAAUGCGGCGCGCCGGCACCCAAAAACGGGGGCAAGGACUGUGAGGGCAUGGUGCUGCAGUCCAAGAACUGCACGGACGGCCUGUGCAUGCAGAGUUCCUUAUAUCAGAAGUCAGCUGAGGCUAAAGGCAAGCUUGAUUUGGGAAAUACAUUGGCCCCCAGCACGGACGACGUGGCUCUCUACGUGGGCAUCGUCAUCGCCGUGAUCAUGUGCCUGGUCAUCUCCGUGGUGGUGGCGCUCUUUAUCUACCGGAAGAACCACCGUGACUUUGACUCGGACAUCUUGGACUCGUCCGCCCUCAACGGAGGCUUCCAGCCAGUCAGCAUCAAGACGACGAGGAAAGCCGAUCUCCUCACGGCACCCCCUGAUCUGACCUCGGCGGCCGCCAUGUACCGAGGCCCCGUCUACGCCCUGCACGACGUGGCCGACAAAAUCCCCAUGACCAAUUCGCCCCUGUUGGACCCCCUGCCCAACCUCAAGAUUAAAGUGUACAAUUCGUCCGGCCUGGUGACGCCGCAGGACGACCUGGGAGGCGAGUUUUCCUCCAAGCUGUCACCCAAGCUGCCGCACUGCCUGCUGGACAACAGCGACGGCACCAUGGGUCGGCGCAUGCAGACGCAGACGCUGUUGCGAUCCAGAGACCCCUCCUGCACCGCCGUGGGUUCCUUCAGCUCGCAGGGUGGACAUCUCAUUGUCCCAAACUCAGGUGUGAGUCUGCUUAUCCCAGCAGGAGCCAUCCCGCAGGGUCGCGUGUAUGAAAUGUACGUGACUGUCCAGAGGAAGGAAAGCUUGAGGCCCUCAGUGGAAGACGGGCAAGCGGUUUUGAGCCCUGUGGUGAGCUGCGGUCCGCCGGGCGCCCUUUUGACGCGCCCCCUGGUGCUCACCAUGCAUCAUUGCGCCGUGUCAGACGGCCAACAAGACUGGUUGAUCCAGCUCAAGAGCCAGUCGCCGCAGAACACAUGGGAGGAUGUGGUGGUGGUGGGCGAGGAGAACUUCACCACGCCGUGCUACGUCCAGAUGGACGACGAGGCGUGCCACAUCCUGACCGAGACUCUGGGCACGUACUGCCUGGUGGGUCAGUCGCUCAGCGCGGCCACCACCAAGCGCCUCAAGCUGGCCAUCUUCGGCCCGCUCACGUGCCCCGCCACCGAGUACCACAUUCGGGUCUACUGCCUGGACGACACGCAGGACGCGCUUAAGGAAGUUCUCCAAAUGGAGAAGCAAAUGGGCGGCAAGUUGUUGGAUGAACCAAAGACGCUCAACUUCAGCGACAGCACACACAACCUGAGACUUUCCAUUCACGACGUUCCUCACACGCUGUGGAAAAGCAAGCUGCUGGCCAAGUACCAGGAGCUCUGUUUCCAGCAAGUGUGGGACGGCUCCCAGAGGAACCUCCACUGCUGUUUCACGCUGGAGCGCUUCUCCACCGCGACUGUGGACCUGACGUGCAAAAUUUGCGUGCGCCAAGUGGAGGGGGAAGGUCAGAUCUUUCAGCUGGACACCACGCUGUCUGAGGACUCGCAAAACAUCGACACAUCCCUGCUGGACCCGGCCAGCAACAUCACCACGCUGGUGGGACCCAACGCCUUCCGCAUCCCCGUCUCCAUCCGCCAGAAGCUGUGCGGCAGCCUGGACGCGCCGCAGACCCGCGGCAACGACUGGAGGAUGCUGGCUCACAAGCUUAACCUCGACAGGUAUCUGAACUACUUUGCCACCAAGUCCAGCCCGACGGGGGUCAUCCUGGACCUGUGGGAGGCGCAGCACUUUCCCGACGGCAACCUCAGCCGCCUGGCCCAAGUCCUGGAGGAGAUGGGACGCCACGACAGCCUCCUCCCCGCCGCCAACGAGCACUGACGUCAUCAAGGCACUCGCUCCUUCGUGUUAUUUAUGGCAUCCGUCGUCAUGGAAACAGGCCUCCACUUAUUCACAGGAAACAAUCCCGCGACGGAUGUUGAGGAGGAAGCAUCUCGGUGUAUGGUCUCCAUGGCAACGAGGUAAACGGACUCAUGUUCUGUGAUAGUGUAGUAUUUAAUAUGAAUAAUGAUAAUCCCAUGUAUGCUUUUGUUUUUGAAAUAAGCGCCAGUGUCGUCUUACACUACUUUUGGCGGUUUUCUAUAAUUAUUGUUUGCCGUCUUUCAUCCCACCAUUUGGCUAAAGAGGGUCGAUAAUGUGGAUUUUUUUCUUAUGAUUGUUUGUACGUUGUGAUAAAGGAGAUGCUAAGGAGAAGUAAUUAUGUCAAAAAAAGAUCUAUUUUUCUAGGACCAAAUGUAAACAGUACAGUUGCUUUUUGCCAAAUAAUUGACACAUGUGCAAGGCUCACUUUAGAAAGUGAGAAUGCAAUUCAAAUGAAUGAUUGUCGCACCAACAUUAGUAAUAUUUGUGAAUGCAUUUUUUUGUAAAGCAGUCUAUGCAAACUUUCUUUUCCCAUGUAUUACAGGUCCUUGUGGGGAUAGCAGUUUUUUUGUUUUUUUUAUCUUAUUAAUUUGUCGUGCGGCUUCGUGAUGCUAGCGUGUGUUAUGUACAAGUGUGGAUCCUUAUCCGGCGUGCCACUCUCAUCCGGUAAAGCAAUUGUAUAAAGUGUAAGAAAUGUAAUUUUUAAGACUAAUAAUAAAUUAUAUUUAUAUGCAACACUGACAAAAAUCACACAA